AUGGCGGGAGCGCUGCUCGUGGUGCAGCUGCGGCUGCUCGCCGUGCUGGUGCUGGCGGCGGCCGCGCCCGACUGGAGCGACUGCCCGUCCGCCUGCCAGUGCAAGUGGACCGGCGGCAAGAAGUCGGCGCUGUGCCGCGCCGCCGGCCUCUCCGCCGUGCCCAACGCGCUCAGCGCCGAGAUGCAGCUGCUCGACCUCUCCGACAACCGCAUUCCCUACCUGACGCGCGACGCCUUCCGCUCCGUGGGGCUCAUCAACCUGCAGAAGAUAUUCGCGCGCCAGGCCGGCGUGCGCGAGGUGCACCGCGACGCCUUCCGGGACCUCAUCAUACUCGUCGAGGUGGACCUGUCCGGGAACGCGAUAGCGGCGCUGCAGCCGGGCACGUUCUCCGGCAACGACCGGCUGCGCAUGCUGUCGCUGAGCCACAACCCGCUGUCGGAGCUGGUUGAGGGCCAGUUCCCCGCGCUGCCGCACCUGCGCACGCUGGACCUCUCGCACUGCCGGCUGGCGCGCGUCCACCCGGCCGCCUUCGCGCGCCUCUCGGCGCUCGAGACGCUGCACCUCAACAACAACCGCCUGCAGCAGCUGGACGCCGCCGCGCUCAACGUCGCCGCCGCCACGCUCAAGGCGGUGGCGCUGGACAGCAACCCGUGGCGCUGCGACUGCGGGCUGCGCGCGCUGCGCGAGUGGCUGCUGCCGCGCACCGUGCACGGCGCGCUGCCACCCGCCUGCGCCGCCCCCGCCGCCCUCGCUGGCCGCCCCUGGCCCGACGUGCCCGCACACGACUUCGCCUGCGCGCCCGAGGUCAGCCUCGCCGACCACAUGAUCCAGGCUGAGCUGGGCGGCAACGUGACGUUCCGGUGCCACGUGACGGGCGACCCGGAGCCGACGCUGGUGUGGCUGGUGAACGGGCGAGCGCUGGGGGCGGGCAACGCCUCCGGCCCGGAGGCGGUGCCGCAGCUGGAGGAGGAGGCGGACGCCGACGGCCGCGGCCGCUGGUACAGCCUCAGCCUCUACAACGUGUCCGAGGCCGACGCCGGGGACUACACCUGCGUCGCCACCAACAUCCGCGGCCGCGCCUCGGGCAACGCGUCGCUGCUGCUGCCACAGGUGGUGACGGCGACGACGCUGAGCAAGGCGGACGGCUGGCUGGUGUGGGCGGGCGUGGCGGCGGGCGGGGGCGUGGCGCUGGGCGGCGCGCUGCUCGCCGUCGCGUGCAGCGUGUGCGCCGCCUGCCGCCCGGGCCGCGGCCGCCGCCACCGCCACCGCGGCCGCCACAAGCGCCGCAAGCCGGGCUCCGCCGGCCUCAAGGGCAGCGUCAGCUUCACCGACCAGGAGAAGAAGCUGCUCGACGCCAGCAUCACAACCACCGAGCGGCCCUCCUGCAGCGAGGGGCUCGCCGGCUCCCAGCCCGACAUGGAGCUGCUCGAGCAGCAGGUGAGCGCUGUGCCGCCGCCGGUGCACAUCACCAUCGAGAGCCACCCCAGCCUGCCGGGGGCAGGCGAGCCGGGGGCGUGCGCGGGGGCGGCCGGGGGCGGCGCCUACCCGGGGGCGCUCUCCGUCUUCCCGCCGCCGCCCGCAGAGUUUUCCACCAGCGUGCUGCCCGCCGGCGCCUUCGGCAACAUCUUCAUCUCCGUCUCGGUGAGUCAGCCCGUGGAACCCGAGCAGCGCUACCCGGACCUGCUGGACAUCCCGCACCGCGCGGGCCCGCUGCCACCGCAACCGCCGCCGGGCCACGCCGCCCCCGCUGCCCCCGGAAGCGGCAAGGCGGCCAGCGUGAGCGUGGCGGCGGGGCCCGACGCGCCCUUCUACGUUCCGCGCGUGCUGGCCACCCACGCGUACGCGACGCUACCCAGGGCGCGGCCGGGCGCCACCCAGCGCAAGGAGGAGGUGGUGGCGCCGCCGCUGGCGCAGCCGCCGCCGCCGCACGGGCAGCCGCACUACGACAACAUGGGCCCGCGCGUCACCGCCGGCGGCAGCUCCACGCUGUCGCUGCCCGACGCGCUGCCCCCGGACAGCGAGGCCGACGCCGACGCCGACGCCCCCGACGACAUCCCGCCACCCCCGCUGCCCCCCAUGUGCUCCCCUCUGCCGGCCGAGUAUGUCGCCCUCUGAGGCGACGUCGAUUUGAAGCUCUACCUCGCGCGCAGGACUACGCCAGAGGAUGAUCGUGUCUUUGCUACUCCUCUGCGUGUGGCAGUUUCACACAGUGGCGUAGGUAACUCCUCUGAGCCUUGUCACUAUUAAUUGGACUUCAUUGUUGUGCUAUGGUAUCCUCCUUUACACCAGGACAAACCACCACAAGGACAUAUAGAGGCCAUAUCAUAUAACGCAUGACACUCCUGUUGCCCGUCACACGUGGGAAAACUAAAUUGCAGAUGAGGCCUCAUUCUAGGACACCUACAAUCGGUGGGCAAUUACCAUCAGCAACACCCGAGUUCGCUUCAUAAAUCGUCAGAAAGUUUCAACUUAUUUUGGUUGAUUUCUAAUAUACCCAGUUGAAAUUAGUAGUGUUCGUAACGGAAUUUCAGUUCAGACCUGUGGGUCAUACUACACCAUUUGGAACACUUGGAAUUGCCUCAUUAUUCGCCUCAAAGCUUCAACUUGAUGGUAGCAACCUUCAAAUAUUAUAUACAGUGUGCCCCAAAAAAACAUCGAUAAACCUUAGGGACAGGUUCUUUAUACCAAAAUAAAAAAAAACUAGUAAACAAGGGCUCUAAAGCUCAUAUCUUAAGAGAUAUGAGCACUUGUUCAUCUUCGAUAGUAAGAAACACCUCUUCUACUGUGGAUGAAAACAAGAAAAAUGUGUCUGGUUAACAUGGGAUCUAAAAUACAUACCUUAAGAUCUUUGAGCACUCGUUCAGCAGAAGAAAUAUGUUCACACUAGUGAAGAUGAACGAGUGAUCAUAGCUUUCAAAGUAUGUAAUCUUGAGCCUUUGUUCACUAGACAUUUUUCUUAUUGGGAUCAAUACUUUCUCCACCCGAAAUUUGGAAAGCAAAAACCUUGCAGUAGAAGAGAUCUGUUCCAUAGUAUCGAAGAUGAACAGGUGCUCAUACCUCUUAAGGUAUGCGUUUUAGAGCCCAUGUCUACUAGGCAUAUAAUGGGUAUAGGUGUAGAUAUUUUUAUUUGUGACUCAGGGCGAUGUACUGAGUAACAUUACGUCAGUAUUGACUGAUUUUUCGUACUAAUAAUUAUAGCUGUUACAAGUCGUAUGUUUUUAGGUUGUGUAGUACCUCCAAGUGCCAAAGGCCUUGUCGCAGUGUUAACACCGGUUCUCGUCAGAUCGCAGAAGUUAAGAGCUGUCGGGCUGGGCUAGUAUUCGGAUGGGUGAUGUACGGUCUGCCGAGCGCUGUUGGCAAGCGUCGUGCACUGAUACAUUGUCAGGCAGACUGAGGAGCUACUUGACUAAGAAGUAGCGGCUGCCGGGAGAGCGGUGUGCUGACCACAUACCCCUCCGUAUCAACAUCCAGUGACACACUUGGGCUGAGAGAAUGACACGGCGGCUAGUCGGCAACAAUUGGGCCUUCCGAGGCCUGUUCGGACUGGGUUUAGUUUAAUUUAGUUCCUGCAAGUACACAUGGCCCAAGGCAACCACUAAUGUUCAUUUUCCUCAUUUCAGCAGGUUCAACUUUGUAGUGUAAAUGUAUAGACGCAUAAAAGGUGGUCUAAAUCUAUACUAUCAGGCAUCGUUCAAUUCGUGCUGCAGAAACAUAAGAGCGUAAAAUUUGUGUCUUGUCUGUGGGAAGUGUGUUCGACGCAGUGGGAAAACAGCCGACAUACUAAUGUAUGUACAUGUUAAGAUACCCAUAUAAAAAUAUUUGCAAUUAUAGCAGUUACUUCCAGCAUAAACCUGGAAGUUUUCUACAGAAUUUCAUUUUGGAUUCGUGGGUAGCACUCUACCACUAGAGACACCCGAGCUUACCUCAUCUAUAACUUCAGAUCUUUACCUUGCUCUUGGCUAACUUCCGAUACUUCUGACUGAUAUUCUACUUGGGACGGAUUUGGUAGAUAAAAGUAUGGCUUUCCCAGCUCCGUUUGUGGGAGGUAGAUACAAGUGGAAAAACAUGGUGACUAUUCCAUGGGCAAGUAUCUACCAUUAGAAAUUCUCGAUUGUAUCUCUCAGAUAACCCAAAAGUUUCCGUUUGCGUGUUGCUCUUCUCCGACAGACACAAAUGAAAUUCAAUUUAGGAAGUGAUACUGACGGGAAGAACAGUGGCGCUCCCGUCUCCGUUGCAUGAGAGCGAGACAUGGAUGAUAAAUACGCAGAGAUGAAUCCACUGGCAGAACUCAAGUAUUAAAUAAGCUCAAGGUUGCCUUUGUUCGCUAGACAUUUUGUCUUAUUGGGGUCAAUACUUUCUCCACCCAAAAUUUGGAAAGCAAAAACUGAACUUCUCUCGUGGCUCGUUUCUAAAACCCCUAAUUAAAAGUCUACAUUUGAAAGAAAUUUCAGAGGCAAAGCAACAGGUCUACGAGAACUACAACUACAGAAACUUGAAUGAAUAAACGCUAAGAUCAAUGACAGAUCCAAGCUGCAGAAAUGAGAUUCCUUCGUACAGUUAAGGGUUGCUCCGAAUGAUGUAACAAAGGAAACCAUAGAAUUGUAAAAUUUCUAGACCCGCUGUAGCAGACAAAAUUAACGAAUACGGAUAAAACGUAUGGUGAGCAUGGUUGUAAAUCAAAUCCCAACAUUGCAUAUACGUUACACCCCUCAGAAAGACGCAGUAUGGGAAGUGUCAGAAAAAAAUGGUCUGUUAAACCUGGGAAGCUAACGGAAAGUUAACGUUUUGGGUCGACACAUGAAGCCUGCUCUGGUGUUGCAAAAGGUUCAGAAUAAUAUGAAAAAAAACUUAACUGGACUGCAUAGACACACAGUUCGAACUCAUAACAUACAUGGUGCUUUAGCUGCCCCUACUACUGGGUUUCAUACAACCCACAACACCUUGAAAUACCAAGCACAAGAUUUUCAUAUUCUCUAGCUCGCUACAUGUAAAUCAGUAGUUCAACAGAAAAACUGAACAGGACCUCUUUGUAGGAAAUUUGAUGUAGUUAAAUUUUGUACUGGGAUACGUUUCCGCUAGAGGCUGUAGUUCUCGAUUUGAUCAAGGAAAAUGUACAGAACUCGGCUUCAAACGACUUUUCCUGGAAUGCUCGAAAACCGUGGCCUCCAGCGAACACGUUUCUUAAUACAAGGUUUAACUGCAUUAAAUUUUGUACGAAAUGCUCCUUCCAUUUUUUUCUGUAUAACGAAUGAUUUGCGUGUAACAAGUGAGAGAAUAUGAGAAUCUUGUGCACGGUAUUUGAAAUUGUUGUAGGUUGAAUAAAAUCCAGUGGUAAAGCAGCUGAAUCACGCAGUAUACACCACGCUGUAUGUUCUUUCCAAACUACAAAAUUAUUCAUAUACCUGUUCAUCUGCCACCUUGAAGCAUAAGGAGACUUCCUUUGCAUUUUAGAUGCUAGUUGCAACGAAUUUAAUACUUUCACAGCUCUUUGUUGGUAUAUACACUCAAUUUCAAAUACCAAGUGGCUUUCGUUUAAGAUAUAUGGUAAUUGAAGGUAAUUGUCUACUGCAAAGGUACCGGGUACCGUGGCAUCACAGAUUUUACUUGUCCACAAGCGUCUUCCUUAUAACAACAGACUAUCUGAUAAUAUCUCAGCUGUCUCGAAAAUCAAAAUUUACUUGUAUACUAAUUAAUUUACAUCUAUGAACUCUUUUUCUUUUGAUAGUUAUGAGUCUCCAAAAAGUUGCACACAGUCCCAUUAUAAGUCAAAGUCGACCUUGCGCUUACCUGGUAGUAAGCUGAGAAAAGAAAAUACUUCCUUUCUUCGUAGACCUGUCCUUUGCAAUGGAUGUAGAAUCCUAAUAUUCAUACCUGUAAUGGUUACUACAAGUGGUAGUUUGCACAUUACAACAAUUAAUGAACUGAUUCCGUACUGUUUUUAACUGAAGCAACUAAAGUGGUUGCAAUUUCCAAUUCUAUUCUCUCUCAACAAUCUAUGCAGAAAUAGCUUAUUGAACAAACCACCACAAAUAAAUCAAAGUCUUCUGCUUGCCACUAAUGGGUGUGAUUUAAAACAUACUACAAAUUUCAUUUUCAGAUCGGGUUUUAAUUCAGCUUCCAUAGCUUGUUAUUUUUUAUUUCUUCAUGCCUAACACUCAGCACACACUGGUGAAAAUUAAACGGAUUAUUGCAGUCGGUAUGAACUGUAAGAAAUCUUGCUUUGUUCUAUUUUUUUAGCUGCUCCACAUUUGGAGCAUACUAUCACACUCAUUCUGAUGGGUAUCUGCGUUAUUCUUCGAGUGAACAGUUCACACACACACACACACACACACACACACACAUACACACGCGCGCGCGCGUGCGCGCACACACACACAGCAAAUACGGCGUAUUUGAGUGACACCACACCACAAGAUAAAGACUUCCCUUUUUUAAAAAAAGAAAGGUCCUUUUUAUCCUUCAGUGUCCAUUACGAAACUUGAUUAUUAAAGCUCAGAACUGAAUCGUUUACAGAUUUGUAGGACUGGUGACUUUAAAAGCGCAGUCUGCAUGAAGAUCGGCACUGCAGAACAGACAUUGCAAAGGCCGUCGACUCUGUUUAUGACUCUAAUGACUCAGGACCUCUUUUGCGUCCUAUCAUGAACUAUGAGCAUAGAUGCAUAUUCGGUUGAGUUGAGGCACUUGAGAAUAAGUGCAUAGUGUUCUAUUUCAGUGACUUACGGUGACGUUUUCAGACAGUGAAUGUGUGGGUAUCUUUUUGUUGCAAUCACAGAAGUGUGCAAUUCAUAUCUCAGGAAGUGGACUUAGCGAUGUGACACUUCUCUGCUCCAGUGUGAUUGUUAAAACGGCUGCCAAGGUUUUGAGAUAUAGAGCGAUGAGGUACUCCACCUGGAACGAGUUAGCGCCGAAAUGAAACUAACUGUAAUAUUAUGUGUAUCUUGUAUUCUUAGGUGUAUAUACGACGGAGGUGUCAGAAAACCAAUGCUUUUUUAUGGUGUUAGUAAUUUGUGAACCAGUGCUGAAAGGAGGCCUAUUAACAGGUGAGUGUCCAAGUAAGACAAAAACAAGAAUCCCUUUCCAAUGAGUAGUCUGUUGAUCGUCUAGUUUUAAAUGUAAAAGAGUGGAGACUGACAAAAUAAAUUAAGAGAAUUUAUUAUCGUAACGGUUAACUUGAUUAUUUUACUAAUCACUAACGAAAAGAAAAUUUUAUAUUCCACUACUUUCGACUACUAGUCUAUAUGCAACUAACUCAGACUCCUGUCAAUAUUAUUCCACGUAAGUACUGUAAUAACCUCCUGUCUCCUUAGAGCACUCGUGUUUUCAUCAAACAAGACAAUUUUCUCCCUAAAUGCUUAAACAGUAACAAUUUAUUUCCGAGACCGUUGGCUCUAGGACGGAAAAAAUUGUGUUAAAUCCUGUACUGUUGUAUUCUUCUAUGACCACUUACCACCUUUAAAAGUUCUCACCUGAGCAGCUGAUAGCUGAAUGCUUUGUAAAUAUCGAUUCAUUGUUUCUGUUACAGUAACCUUGUAUAAAAUGUGUUUCUGCGUGUUUGCUUUAUGGCGAAGUGCAGACAAUGUGUAAAUAUAUGACGUUUUUUUGAAAACCACGUAAAAAAAAAGAUUUUACUGCAACAGUCAUUUUUUUCCUACGUAAGCUCAUUUAAUACACAGAAGACAGUUAUUCUUCCUGCAAAUUUUCCCAUGUUUGCCUUAUAUGAAGUGGUAUGAUACAAUUACUCUACUUCACCCAUAUAUUAAACAGCACAGAAUCAUUCAGCACUUAUUGUAUUGUUUGGAGAAAACUGUACAACAUUUUUCAUUUCAACAGGGAAUGUUGAUUGGCUAUCUUCAUAAAUGUUUGCGAACAUCACUGUAGUCGCAUGGAAAUGACUUUCAAAUGCUGUCUUAUAGGUUUUCUUAUUUUCUAAGUCCAAGGACAUUUUAAUACGUCGUUCUCCUUCUUCACUUAAUGAGCUCCCUGUAUAAUGUAUUUUGACAAAACGUCAGACAGAAUCCAGAUAAAAAACUUCAAAAGUAGCGUUUUAGUUUAAACAUUAUCCAUUCCUUUUUAACACCAACAGAAUGUAAGAAUUAAGAAACACAUUUUACUUGUUAGAAACUUCGGAAUAAUGAAGAAAGUAUAGAUAUAAUUCAACGGAUAAAUGACUUUUUUGACGUAUCUCGAGAGUUCUUUUAAAGGUGUAAAAGGUCAUAUUACAAAUAAUGUUUAUAUUACUUUAUACAAUAGAGUAGAAUUGAUGCAAUAUAGAACACUGUCAAUUACAUGUCACUGUAUUCCUUAAUUAUGUAUGUAAUCUAGUUUCAGUUGUACUAAUUUCAUGUAACGAAGAAAAAUAACCAUAUACAAAUAAUUUAACGCUGCAUGUACAUCCGCAGCAGUUGUCUAUUAUGUUAACGUGCUCUUAAAACUGGUCAAAUUUCAGUACUAAAAUUAAGCGGAAUGUAAUCAUUAUUAUAUGUUUGUAAAAACAGUAUUUGAUUCUCCUGUGCAUACAGAGAGAAGACUCUCAAUAGUUACUGCAUUGAAUUCUAUUUUGAAUUUGUAAGUUUAGAAACAAAUCAGAAUAAAUUGAAUAAUUACAUAAUUCAGAAAGUACAAUAUUACCAGUGAAAACGUAAGAAAAAAUAAAUACC